AUGUCUCUACUCACCAAUUAUGAGGGGCUUCGGCAUCAGAUCGAGAGGCUAGUGCGGGAAAAUGAGGAACUGAAGAAGCUGGUGCGGCUCAUUCGGGAGAAUCAUGAGCUCAAGUCAGCGAUCAAGACACAGGCGGGUGGCCUGGGCAUCAGCGGGCUCACCAGCGGGCUUGGUGAGGCAGUAGCCGGCCCUUCUCAACGCCAGGGUGUCUUCUUGCCCCCGUCCCCGGCCGCAGCAAAUGAACCUGUCCUGGAAGAAGUGGGGAUUAUGGCUCUGGCGCCCCUGGCCGACAUGCUAAACAGCCCACAACCCAGCCCCGCGGCAGGCCCUGUCGUGAGCCCCCUGAUGGGCCCUCUCAACACACUGCUGCCCUCCCCAGGGCCCAUGUCUCAGAACAGUGCACUUGCCAGCCUCCUGACUGGCCCCCUGAGCAGCCAUCUAGCCAGCUCCAUGGCAAUGCCCUCAUCGGGCACACUAGCCAGCUCUCUGGGCCUGCCCUCAACUGGUCCUCUGACUCUAAACAACCACCUGAGCGGCCCCAUGGCAGUCUCCCUGGGCCUUCCUUCUACGGGCCCCCUUACUCCAAGCAGCCCCCUCAUGAGCCCCCUGCUCACUUCCACGACUGCCCCUCCAGGUGUUUCUCAGAACCUUCUGGCCAACCCCAUGAGCAAUCUAGCACAAUCGGAGGCCCCGAGGGUGCGGCUGGCAGAGCCACUCCGCGGAUACCCCUCUGGACCCCAUCCCUCGACUGGCUCAGGGCCUGCUGCCACCUCCAAAGUCCCACUCUCCACCGAGCACCCCCUGCCGACUCAGGACCCCGAGUCCCUCAGCCUGACGUUCGUGGGUGGGCCCAUCCAGACCUCCACUCCUGCUGGCACCGUGGGCAGGCCCAGCUCCAUCACGGCCUUCUCCUACAGCACCUCAGAUGCCCGGACCCAGCCGGGUGCCCACCAGGGACAAGCGGCUCCUGCCCCUGUUCCCACCACCCCAACUGCCUCCCCCACCAUCCCAGUCCUCCCCUCUGCCCCUGGUCCUGCCCCCCAGGCUGCCAACAAUUACAGCCCCUCAGGCACCACCCACAUUGUCCACUCCCCCACCCGAGCAAACCACUCCCCAACCCGGCCUUCACCCACUCCCCACUCACCUCCACGCAACCCCCACUCCCCACCCCGAACCUCAUCUUCCCCAGCUUCUGUCAACGACAUCCGGGGCCCGCGGGGCCCUGAAAUAUCUCGGAAAAGCAUUCUGGACUUGGAGCGGAAGCUGGCUCACCGCAAGACCAACAAGUUCCCUGACAGCCCCCGAGAGCCGAAACAGCUGGCCUUGGAGAGGUUGGUGGGGGAGAUCGCCUUCCAGCUAGACCGUAGGAUCCUGUCCAGCAUUUUCCCAGAGCGCGUGCGCCUCUAUGGCUUCACUGUCUCCAACAUUCCCGAGAAGAUCAUCCAGGCCUCCCUGAACCCCAGUGACCACAAGCUGGAUGAGGAGCUGUGCCAGACACUUACACAGCGCUAUGUGAGCAUCAUGAACCGACUGCAGAGCCUGGGCUACAAUGGGCGGGUGCAUCCGGCUCUGACUGAGCAGCUGGUGAAUGCCUAUGGCAUCCUACGUGAGCGGCCUGAGCUGGCCGUGUCUGAGGGCGGCUCCUACACUGUCGACUUCCUGCAGCGGGUAUUGGUGGAGACAGUGCACCCCAGCAUGCUCACCGAUGCGCUGCUGCUGCUCUCCUGCCUCAGCCAGUUGGCACACGAUGACGGCAAGCCCAUGUUCAUCUGGUAA